CAUCAAACCCCAUAAAUCUAGCUACUUCUUUUACGUUUCUUUAUUUUGGUACCUAUCUUAUUUUUAACGAGGAAAAGCUUUUCAUUUUUGUUGGAACCUAUCAUUUCAAAGGAAGGGAGUUGUAAUAAUUAGGGUUUUUUUAUUUUUUUGGUCCAAGGGAUGAAGAAAUGUCAAGUAGUGAGGAAAAGUGGAAGAAGAAGCUGUACUUCUUCUUCAACGGCGAUUACCAACGUGAGGUACGGUGAGUGUCAGAAGAAUCACGCGGCGAACAUCGGAGGGUAUGCCGUCGACGGCUGUCGGGAGUUCAUGGCCAGUGACGUCGAAGGGACGACUGGGGCUUUAACGUGUGCCGCUUGUGGUUGUCACCGGAACUUUCACAGAAGAGAAGUGGAAACUGAGGUCCUCUGAUCGAACAUUACAGAAGAAGAAGAAGAAGAAGAAGAAGAAGAAGAAGAAGAAGAAGAAGAAGAAACAGGACCCAAAUCUUGUCUGGUCUGUAAAGCCUCCACCGUAACAACAGCCUUCACAAUGCCUGAUCUUCCAACAAAUGCCAACCCUGAAACCCUGUCUGGUUGAACCACCACCAUGAGACCUAUACAACAAGCAAUGACGAUAACGAUAAACCCUCUGCGAUUCCCACCAAAAACCAUCUUCAUCUUUAUACACUAAAAAACACAAUAUAGUUAAUGCAAAAUUAGAUUUGAAAAGACAAGGACGAGAAAAUUGUUACUGUGUUGUCUGAGACGACAGCACUAGGUUACUUCUACUGCACUUAUUUAUAUGGGGUUUGGAAGAGUUGUAAUAAAAGUAUAAAAAGUAGGAAGGUUUAUGAUUCAUUUUCAA